CUGGCUUCUGCUGCUCCCCUGUGCAGACACUCCUGUGUGGGUUUCCCUGUGAGGACGGCCAUAGAAUAGAGAAUCAGCGCGUAACGACGUCUUCCUCUCCCUCCCGUGUGAAUAGGUGCAGCCUGACUGAGCCCGUGGCCUGCUGCAGAGGCGAAGGGACACGGCUGUUUUGUUUUGCUAUCGCAGCUUUGCCCUACUUUGCGCUGUGAAUAUUUUGCUUACUGGUCUAAUUUGCUGGCACGACUCACCUUUAUAACUGCAUGCUGAUGGACUCUUUUGCAUGCACUUGAUAUGAACUGGCAUGUGGACGCCUUUUAAUGAUUAUGUCUAUGGGGUUUGGGGAGGCUAUUGGACCAUUUGAGUUACAGUUAACCUUUCAGUUUUGUUAAUCAUUUGAUUUGUGUUUGUAACUCCAUUAAUUAUUUCUUUUCGGGUUUAUUUCUGAUUAUUUCUCCUAGGGCUUAUUGUAAAUUGAAUGUUUGGAGUUGCUUUGGUUAUGUUGUUUCCCUCAUUAGUUAAGGUGAUUAGUUAUUCCCCUUAGUUAAUAUUGUUUGGUUAAUUUUGUUUAUUUAGUUCUUUUCCUUAUUGAAUCAUUUUGGUUUUGAAACGUGUUAUGUUGUAUUUUGUUUGUUGGUUCAUCAAAUUUAUUUUUUUUUCCUUUCAGAGGCUGAGAGCCACGGGUGGAGGAGUUGGUGUCCUGGGUGGUGGUGUCCCCUUCCUGGUGUGCUGUGUUUCCCUGGCUAAGGUUCCCCCUUCACGUCCGUGAGAGAGGAAUCAGCAGACAAAGUACACAACCACUGAACCGUCCUGGUCCUUCGAUAAGAUGAAGAAAGUAUUUUUGUUGCUUCUCUUCUGUCAUACCUCAUCACAAGUGAAACACUCCCUGAAGUUUUAUUUCACCGGAUCUUUUGGGAUCCCAGACGUCCCAGAGUUUGUGGGAGCUGUUGAUGUGGAUCAAAUUUGGAUGGCUUACUGCGACAGUAACAAAAGGAUAAAACCAAAACAGGACUGGGUGAAAAAAGUCAUUCAAAAUGAUCGUGAGCAGCUGGAUUGGUACAAAGAAGAGUGUUUUGUGGUUCAGCCUAACUUCUUCAAAACCACAAUUGAAAAUCUGAUGCAGCGCUUCAAUCAGAGAGGAGGUGUUCACAUCUUGCAGAGGAUGAGUGGCUGUGAGUGGGACGAUGAAACUGGAGAGGGUAAUGGUUUCAUGCACUAUGGUUAUGAUGGAGAAGACUUUAUAUCGUUGAAUGUAAAGAACCUGACAUGGAUUGCUCUGAAACCACGAGGUGUGGCAACCAAACUGAGCUGGGAUGCUGACAAAAUAACACUACGACACUAUGAGAACUACCUCACUCAUAUUUGUCCACAGUGGUUAAAGAAGUAUGUGGACAUUGCCAGAAGCUCUCUGCUGAGAAAAGACUUCCCCUCAGUGUCUCUCCUCCAGAAGUCUCCCUCCUCUCCAGUGAGCUGCUUUGCUACAGGUUUCUACCCCGACAAAGCUGUGAUGUUCUGGAGGAAAGAUGGAGAGGAGCUUCAGGAAGACGUGGACCACGGAGAGAUCCUUUCAAACCAUGACGGAUCUUUCCAAAUGAGUGUUGAUCUGAAUAUUUCGUCAGUCUCAUCUGAGGACUGGGGGAGGUAUGAAUGUGUGUUUCAGCUCUCUGGAGUCGAGGAUAAAAUUUUCACCAAACUGGAAACCAUGAUGGUCAACACCAAUUGGGGAAGAAUUUCUUUUCUGAACCAUGAUGGUCUCAGUAACACCACCACUCUGGUUAUUGUUGUUAUGGUUGUUAUUUUAGGUUUUUUUGCUAUUGCUGCUGUUGGAUUCAUUGUUUACAGAAAGAGGAGAGCCGAUCGAUCUCGAGAUUCAACUGAAAACAGCCCCGAGCUCUCUGAACUCACGAACUCACAGAUUGAUCCACAAACACACUGACCUGCAGUGUGACGCCAACAAAACGCUGUGAUGAGAAGUUUUCAUCCUGCCUUAGAGAGCUCUUGUGCAAUAAUCUCUCUUUUCUACACUUUCUCUUCGGGUUUAAAGCGGGGCUGCAUGGUGGCGGAGGGGUUAGUGCUGUUGCCUCACAGCAAGAAGGUACCUGGUUCAGAGCCCAUUGGGACUUGUCCUCCUCUGUCCCUGUGCCUGCAUGGGUCCUCUCUGGGUACUCCAGCUUCCUACCACAGACUAAACUGGUGACUCUAAAUUGGCUGUAUAUGUGUGUGCCUGGAUGUUUGUCUCUGCAUGUCAGCCUUGGUGACUAGUCUAGAAAAACUCACCACCACCCCCUGGGUACUCUUGGGUUGGACAAAACAUGACAGAGAACCCUAAAAGGCUGCCCUACCAGUGGGAAAUACUUGAUAACAUCCCCCUACAGGGUGCCACUGCAUUGGACAAAAGGUUCUAAGGCUUCUAAGGUAUCCUCUCAUUGGACACAAUAAAAUAAAUGGCCCUUUUCUACUUUGACAGAGUUUCUGAAAAUGCUGAACAUACCGCAACUACUUCCAUAGAGCUGUCAUUUUCCAGUGAACAUUUUUUAAAUUCACUUUAACAUUUGAAUUAAUAACAACAUUAGAUGUAUAUGGAACAACUGCCUUGUGCCUGCUGUAGUUCUGUGCUGCCAUAAUACAAGAUAAAAUUACAAACUUUUGUAUCCAUCAAUAAAGACACUCCUGUUCACCAUCUCACCGUCUGUCGGUGAUUACAUAAAUGAAAUAUUUCUUAGAUGCAGAAGUGGAAAGUAACAACAAUAAAUACAUUUAUUCACAUUUCUGUAACUGAGUAGUUUUUUGGGGUACUUGUACUUAUUUGAGUGCAUUUUGAAAUCAGUGCUUUUACUGAAGCAAGUAUUACCAGAGUAACUGUACUUUUACUAGAGUAAUUCUAUUGCUCAGGAUUGUUGUUUUUGAUGUGAGACACAUUUGCAUCAUGAGUGAAUCUAUCCACUGAGUUACAGUUCCCAUCUGUGGCUCCAGGUGUAAAGAAUGCACAGUUACUACUCUUCGCCACCAUUCCUUA